GGCGGCGGUGCGGGGCCUGCUGCUGGCUGCCUUCGUGGUGAUGGAGUUUCUGCCGCCCUUCCAGCGAGUGGUGCAGCCUGAGGAGAUGUGGCUCUAUAAGAACCCCUACGUCCAGGUGGAUCACGUCCCCACCCUGCCCAUGCUGUUCAUUGCCUUUCUGUCUCCCUUAUCAGUCAUUGUCCUGGCGAGGCUCUUCAUGAACGCUGACCAAGAUGACACAAGAGAAGCCAGCCUGGCUGCCAGCCUUGCCCUCGCCCUGAAUGGAGUCUUCACAAAUGCCUUGAAGCUUGUUGUGGGCAGGCCACGACCAGACUUCUUCUACCGCUGCUUCCCGGACGGCCGUGCCAAUGCCGAGCUGGCCUGCACCGGCGACCCUGGCACGGUGACCGAGGGCCGCAAGAGCUUCCCCAGUGGGCACGCGUCCUUCGCCUUCUCCGGCCUUGCCUUCUCUGCCUUCUACGUCGCGGGGAAGCUGCGCAGCUUCGUGCCAGGCCGGGGAGCCAGGGCCCUGCGCCUCUCUGCCUUCCUCCUCCCCCUCUUCCUCGCCACCCUCAUCGCCGUGUCCCGCACCUGUGACUACAAACACCACUGGCAAGAUGUGUCAGUUGGCUCAGCAAUGGGCCUCGUGCUUGCCUACCUCUGCUACAGGCAGUACUACCCUGCUCUGACAGACUCCUCCUGCCACCAACCAUUCCUGCACAACCCCAAGCAGCUGCCAGCACACCCAGAGAGGGCUGCAGCUUCCAGCUUUGGGCUGGAUGUGUAG